UAAAGAGAUCGAUUGAGAGGGACGGACUCAGAAAGCUGAUUUUUCCUUUUUACAAUCAGAUUGCGUUUGCCCACCAAAAACGAUCCUCGUCCUCCUCCUCCACUCCUGCAACAAUUCAGAUCUCAGUUUUACUUGGAUACUUUCACGUUUUCCCGGCAUAUUUGCGUGUUGGCGGCGUACAUCCUUACCGAGACGGAGAGAGGGCAGAUAUUAAAUCGUGUUAUCUCUGCUCGCAAAAUUAGGGUUUCGAAGCUUCUGUUGUGGUAUGGGUCUUGGAAUCGAUGACGAUGUGGUGGUUGAUGAUGGCGACGGGGAUGCUGGCGCUGGAGGCAAGUCCUUUGGUUCAGUGUCGUGUUCAAUCUGCCUUGAGGUUGUCGCCGAUAAUGGAGACAGAUCGUGGGCCAAGCUUCAAUGCGGUCAUCAAUUUCAUCUGGAUUGCAUUGGUUCAGCAUUCAAUAUAAAAGGGGCAAUGCAAUGUCCCAAUUGUCGGAAGAUUGAGAAAGGCCAGUGGCUUUAUGCUAAUGGCUCUCAGUCUUACCCAGAAUUAAGCAUGGAUGAUUGGGCGCAUGAUGAGGAUCUUUAUGAUCUUAGCUACUCUGAAAUGUCUUUCGGGGUUCAUUGGUGUCCAUUUGGGAGCUUGGCCCGACUUCCUCCAUCUUUUGAGGAAGGGGAAUUUUCAUCAACUGCAUAUCAUGACAUAGUGGGACAACAUGCUAUAUUUGCUGAACAUACAGCAUCUGCUAAUCAUCAUUGUCCAUAUAUCGCGUAUAUUGGACCAAUACAUCCAUCUUCGUCCAACUCUGCUGGAACGGUUUCAGAAGCUUCUAACUUUACCAACCCCUGGAAUGGCCCAUCUUUGCCUAAUGACAUGCCAGCUUCCUACACUUUUCCUGCCGUGGAUCUCCAUUAUCACAGUUGGGAACACCAUUCUGGGCCUUUCUCUACUGCCAGCAGUCGUCUAGCUGCUGCUGAUCAGCCUUCGAUAUCACCUGCCAGCCAAAGGCCAGCCAGGGGUGGUUUGGAUGUACCCAGAUCAGGAUCUUUUAUGCAUCCUUUUCUUGUUGGGCACAGCGCUGCUGCGAGAGCUGGAAGCUCAGCUGCUUCCUCAAUGAUCCCUCCUUAUCCAGGCAGCAAUGCUCGGGCACGUGAUAGAGUCCAAGCUCUUCAGGCGUACUAUCAACAGCAUCAACCAACUAAUUCAGUUAUGAGGACGCCUAUGUCUUCUGGAACCCGAAGAUCUAGCAGUCAUAGAGGAUCAGCACAGUUAGCACCGGUGGCCUCAUCACCAGACCAAGGUGGCGGCUUCUUUCUUGUUCCACCAGGUUCAUCAGGACGCAAUUUUCAAGAAGAAAACCACCUACCAAGUCGCUUCCAUGCAUGGGAAAGAGAUCCCUUGCCUUCCUUGUCGUCAAACCACGUUGAUAGAGAUUCCGGUUGGGUAGCGUACCACCAACCCCUUGGUGGGUCAGACCCAAGCAUGAGACCAUUAGGAUUUCGAUUAAGGCACGGUUCAGAGAGAAUGCCCUCGCAAAAUCGGUGACAUGCUUGUUUCCCUGCGAAGAAAACUUCCCACUAGUAGGGAAAUAUCAAAAUUUUAUAUAUGCUUGAGAAAUGUUUAAGUAAUGCUUUGGCCUUUAGGUCUGUCAUGUCAUGGCAGGCUACAACUCCGGCUGGCCCUGGAAUUCACCUGGCAGACAGGUGGCAGUGUGAUUGAUGGACAUUAUCUUGCUCUACUUUCUUCUCCUCUGGGGGCAUAAAAUAAGAUGUUGUCUAAUUGGAGAAAUUGGGUAUUUGGGAGUUUGGGGCAUUGAGACGACUCGUUACGUUGAGCGGACGAGGCGGAGCCGCUGCUGGAUUUUAUACCUGACGUUCGUGCAAAUGCUGUGUAUUCAGAAUUUACGUACUGGAUCUUUACCUGCAUAUCGUGGUGAGGGUGAUUGUUGACGGUUGUGCAAGAGCUGGCCCAUUGUAUGUGAAUUGCAUGCAUGAAUGAUGUUCGAGUUCUAUGUUGGGUUAAAAGAAUUUAAUCUUUGGAUUGAAAAAUAUAGUCUUCGUAUUUUUUUGGUAUGAA